AUGAUGUGUGCUGACCAAAAUCAGACUUCUGAGAUUAUGUUCAUCCUUUUAGGAUUCUCUGAUUAUCCUGAUCUCCAAGUAUUCCUCUUCUUUGUGUUCCUGAUCAUCUAUACGGUCACUGUGGUGGGAAAUCUUAUGAUGAUUCUGAUUAUCAGGAUCUCUCCAAAACUCCAUACCCCUAUGUACUUUUUCCUUAGCAACUUGUCCUUUGUGGAUUUCUGCUACUCUACUACCAUUACACCCAAAUUACUAGAAAUCUUGGUUGUAGAUGACAGAAUUAUAUCUUUCUUGAGCUGCAUAACACAAUUAUUUCUUACUGCUACUUGUGUGGUAACUGAGGCUGUUUUGUUGGCGGUGAUGGCCUAUGACCGUUUUGUGGCUAUUUGUAAUCCCUUGCUAUAUACAGUUGCCAUGUCUCAGAAACUCUGUAUUCUCCUAGUGGUUAUGGCCUAUUCAUGGGGCAUAAUUUCUUCAAUAACAUUCACUUACUCUCUCCUUGUAUUAUCAUUUUGUAGAACUAAUAUAAUUAAUAAUUUUUUCUGUGAAUAUUCGGCAAUCUUUUCUUCCUCCUUUUCUGAUAAACACUUCACUGAAAUAAUCCUUUUUAGUCUCACAAAUUUUAAUACAUUUUGCACACUCUUGAUUAUCCUCACCUCAUAUCUUUUUAUCUUAGUCACCAUCAUGAAGAUGCCUUCAACAAGUGGGAGACAUAAAGCUUUCUCUACUUGUGCUUCCCAUAUGACAGCAGUUAUCAUUUUCUAUGGGGCCAUUCUUUUCCUCUACUGUGUACCUAGUUCCAAAAGCUCAUGGCUCCUAAUCAGAGUGAGCACUGUUUUCUAUUCAGUAGUGAUCCCCAUGCUUAACCCACUAAUAUAUAGCUUGAGAAACAAAGAUGUGAAAGAAACUGUUAAGAAAUUAAUGGAUUUCAAAAUAUGUUCAAACUAA